GGCUGGUGCAGCUUCCACCAGGCGUCCUGAGGGCUUUAUUCUUCUAACCAUCACAAAGCUGUGCUGUCCCCACUGCUAACCUGCUGUGCCCUUCCUAAAGGAAAGGGUGGAAUUGCUCAGCCAACUUCCCGGUCACAGGAAGGUGGAAAAUUGCCUCUUGCCAAUGAUUUUUCCUCUGUACCUUCCACGCUGCCCUGUCUGUCAUCAGGUGGAGGCAUAGACCCAGGAAGUAACAUCAUCCUCGUGUCCUAAUACUGCAGCAAGAUCUGCACUUCAGCCAGUGAUGAUCCAGCAUCUUCAUGUUUCCUGCCUCAGCUCAGGCAGCUGGGAGGAAAGAAGGUGAUUCUGCUGUUCCUGCCAGCAGGCUCUGCUGCACUGAGCUGAAAUAGAGGAGGAGGUUAGGAAAUCCUGUCAGUUGUACAAACACAGCUGGAGCCCUUGACUUUAGCACUGCCUUUACUGCAUCCAGAAGGAAGCUGUCUGUGUCUCACUCGUGUCAGGCUUAGGCACUGCGUCUCCAUGUGAUAGAUGCAGAUGGAUGAAGUAUUACGGCUGUCUUCAGUUCUUUUUCCCUUGUGUUGUCAUGGGUCAGCAUUCUCCUCCUCCUGGGGAUACAAACAAAAUCAGGCUGUUAGACUCAACAUGCUUGGGCUGGGGGUUCCCAAUUCAUGUGCUAAGCCUGACCUGGGGGAAAGCCUUUGUUGGGAUGGCUUUUGUCUCAUUUCAGAAGUAAACCUGGGAAAAUAUGAGCUCUCAUUACCAGGCAGUUAAUGUCUGUGGUUCUCUGCCUUUCAACAGCUGUUUCUCUGUACAGAAAAGAAGCACCUUUGUUUCAUAUCUGAUGAUGCAUCUGCAUGUUAACUCCUGUUCCAGGGUCUAGCAGAGCAACUGAGGGCUGAAUGGCCCUGGUGCUUAGGUCAGGUAUGAAGCAACUUUAUAUGUCCAAGGAUUUGAUAUUCCAGAGUGCCAAACUCUCCUUCCUGGAGUGAAUCCUUUCAUGUAAGUGUUGAAGCAUAUCUAUAAGGCACUGCAGAGGAGCUCCCUGCCCACAUCUGAAGUGUUCUGUGUAAAAACAGAGGACUUUUAAGUUAUGCCUCGAUAGACAUGGUGCAGCUUCAUGUAGGGGUGUCCUACAAAGGGGAAUUUAGCUCACUUGGGCUGCUGUGCUCAUGUGGCUGCACUCAGAUGGCAAUAAGGAUUCGUACACACCAUUGUGUUGUGUCAGGCAAACACAUCGAUUUCCAGAGCCAGGGAAGGAUUCCUGAUCAAGCUGAUUAACUUCUAUGAUCUAGGGAGAUUUUAUGAGUGUUAAAAAUAGGGAGUUUCUUCAUAUGGAACAUAACAUCCCUUCAGUAACCUCCUUCUGAGACUUCACUAUCUCUCUGUGAGAGCUUCUAGUGCGAGAACUUAGAUGAGUCUGAGCUCAAUUUGGGAGUGUGAACUAAUCCAGUGUCAUUCCAAUCUUUGGAGACGUUUGGAACAGCUUUAAAAUUAACCCUUGGAGCACGGAACCAUUGGUUACGUUUUCUGUUUGUACCACAGCUUUUUCCUACCUUCAGGAUGUGCAGCCAACAAAAAGAGUUCAUGUGGUUGAGUCUCCUUCUCUUUGUUUGUGCUCUUCCUGCAGUUAUUAAGUACAUUCCAUUAACUCCAGCCAAGAACUGUGCUUUUUCAUCUUCAGAGCAGCAGAGGUGCUUUGGAGCACUGAGCCAUGCAUGAUGCCAUUUGACUUGCAUGAAAAGACUUCACAUUGUUCCAAGCGCGUGGUCUCCUGCUGCUUCCAGGGUGCUGAGCAGUUGUGUGUGGUACCCAGGUUGAAGUGUCACAUAUGUUUUGAACAGUUGCUUGGCUCUGCAGCAGCUGUGUUUUGAACUGAGCCUCUCUUGAAUCUCUUGAGUUCAAAAACCAGCUUUAUAGCUUCACUUGUACAACAGGAUGGGAUCCUGCAGCUUGUCCUCCCUGCCUGCUGCCUCCUGCUUCUCCAGGGUCCCAUGUAAGUCGGCAGCAGGCACAAGGAUUCACCUCUGUGGAGUGUUUUACAGCUGAAAUCCAGGGAAUAAGUGACACAAUGGCUUUACAACUAUCCUUUUUUGAGGAGGAAGAAAACCCAAGCAAACCUUGUAGGCCUGCCACAGUAGGAGGACUGAGGUGCACUGUCAGAGUGGGGUUAUUCUGUUUGGCAGCUGGGUUUCUCUACCUGUGGAAAGAUAAAGCCACUAACCCAUCUAACAGGCAAGAAGACUGGGAAUACAUCAUCGGAUUCUGUGACCAGAUCAACAAAGAACUUGAAGGGCCACAGAUAGCUGUGAGGCUCCUGGCUCAUAAAAUCCAGUCGCCACAGGAAUGGGAGGCAGUCCAAGCCUUGACAGUGCUAGAAGCUUGUAUGAAGAACUGUGGGAGAAGAUUUCACAAUGAAGUCGGGAAGUUUCGCUUUUUAAACGAGUUGAUAAAAGUUGUGUCUCCAAAGUACCUGGGAGACCGAGUCUCAGAGAAGGUGAAAAGCAAAGUCAUCGAGUUGCUGUACAGCUGGACAGUGGCACUGCCAGAAGAAUCCAAAAUCAAGGAUGCCUACUACAUGCUGAAGCGACAAGGGAUCGUUAUGUUUGAUCCUGUGAUUCCUGCAGACAGAACCCUGAUUCCUUCUCCACCGCCUCGUCCCAAAAACCCUGUGUUUGAUGAUGAGGAGAAAUCCAAGCUUCUAGCCAAACUGCUGAAAAGCAAAAACCCAGAUGAUUUACAAGAGGCCAACAAGCUUAUCAAAUCCAUGGUAAAAGAGGACGAGGCUCGGAUUCAGAAGGUGACAAAGCGCAUGCACACGCUGGAGGAAGUGAAUAACAAUGUGAAGCUGCUAAAUGAGAUGCUGGUUCAUUACAGCAAAGAGGAAUCAUCAGAGGCCGAUAGGGAGCUCAUGAAGGAGCUCUGUGAGAGGUGUGAAACCAAAAGAAGGACAUUAUUCAAGCUGGCCAGCGAGACAGAGGAUAACGACAGCAGUUUGGGGGAUAUUCUGCAGGCCAGUGACAAUCUGUCCCGUGUGAUAAAUUCCUAUAAGAAAAUCAUAGAGGGACAAGUGCUCAAUGGUGAAGUGGAUCUCCCUGGGAUGUCUGUAGUGGAAGGGAGUAACUCCACAAGUAACCUCAACACCCUCAUCGACCUGGCUGGACUGGACGUCACCAGCACCCCGCCACCUCCACUGCCACCCAGCACCCUGACACCAGCCCCCCCAGCAGAAAUCCCCAUCCUGCCACCUCCUCCCCAGGCAUCUGCUCCCCUGAGGAGCAGCUCCUCUGGCCAAGUGGAAGCUGCACCCGCUCAGCAGAGCAGCAGCUCCCUCUCCUUGCUGGAUGAGGAGCUGCUGUGCUUAGGCCUGAAUGACCCAGCCCCGGCAGCAGUGAAGGAGACCUCAGAAAACAACCAGUGGAGCAUGUUUGAGAAUGACCACUUGGACCUGGAUUUCUUUAACCCGAAGAUGGUGACUGUUACUUGCAACUCUGCAGGGAACCCCCUUCUCCAUCCCACAUCCCAGACCACGUGUGGAACGUCAGUGACGCUGCCCUCUGCUUUCACAGCCUCUCAGGCUGCUCCAGGCAUCCCAGCACCAAACUCAGCACCAUUUGUGUUCCCUGCUGGACCAGCUGCCCCUGUGGGGCCUCCCAAGACUAUUCCAGCUGCUCCUGGGUAUUUCACCUCGUCUGUGGGGAGCAAUAUGUCACAUAAGAUGGAUGCAUUGGGACAACUCCUUGAAGAAGCCAAAGGGACUGCCACCCAAGGCCUGGCGACACCCUCGGUGUUCCCUGGGGCUGCUUUGCCAACCACUGUCACCUCUGCCCCCUUGAUAGCUCCCGCAGGGCUGCCAGCCACUGCCCCUGCAGCCCCGCCAGCUCCUUUCCCAAGCAGCUGCCCUGCGGGCUCGGGAAGCCCUCUCUUCCAGCCAGCAGCAUUCCAGCAGCAAGGCAGUCCCGUGAAAGCACCUGAGAUUUCGUUGGCCAAUGUCCACGUUCCCUUGGAAUCCAUCAAACCCAGCAGUGCCCUCCCAGUGACAGCCUACGACAAGAACGGCUUCCGGAUCCUCUUGCACUUUGCCCGGGAAUGCCCGCCGGGAAGGGCGGAUGUGCUGGUGGUGGUGGUCUCCAUGCUGAACACGGCACCGCUCCCCGUGAAGAACAUCGUGCUCCAGGCUGCAGUGCCAAAGUCCAUGAAGGUGAAGCUCCAGCCCCCCUCUGGCACAGAGCUGUCUCCCUUCAAUCCCAUCCAGCCGCCUGCUGCCAUCACCCAAGUCAUGCUCCUGGCAAACCCUGCCAAGGAGAAAGUGAGGCUGAGAUACAGACUGACCUUCACGCUGGGAGAGCAGCCCAGCACAGAGGUGGGCGAAGUGGAUCAGUUUCCCCCCGUAGAGCAAUGGGGGAAUCUAUGACCUCGGGCCGCUGCCAGAGACUGUGUGACAGGACGAGGAGGGGCUCCCGCAGGACUGGGAUGGCCGUGGCGUGGCGAGGGGCACACGUGCUGUCCACUGGUGAUGUUCAGCUUUGGUUACAUGUCCUGCCCACUCUGCUUGUAGCUUUAGUCCAGAAUGUUUUGCCCCACGUUAAAGGGGUCCUGGAACAUUUAUGCCAAGCAUGGACUGAGGUGGCAGCCGGUACCAGGCGGUGCUGCCUGCUUUCAUCUUGACCUCGGGGUGGAUCUGGUUCUACCUUCCACUCUGUUAAACUUGAAGCUAUUGUAUUUUGAGGGGAGACCUGUCAGCAGAAGGGAUUUAGUCGGCUCGUUCCUGUGCUGCUGUCCAGAGAUACCACAGCCUGGCGGGGUGAUGAUGCCACCAGGAGCUUCCUCAGUGCAGAGCCCUCACACACGCCCUCCCUUGGGCUCUCCCCUCCUCAGUGCCACACGGACCCGCUGCGCACGGCGAGCAAUAAGGCUGGAUCCAGGAGGGAAUGCUGAUUUUUCACACUGAAAUGGCACUUAAAUCCCUUCCUCCCCCUCUGCUGCUUCAUUCCCAAUGGCCAACGUAAGCAGCCCCUCGCUCUGUGCUGUGUGAUGCUGCUCUGUCUUUAGUGGGUCUGUAUUUGACACUACUGCCUCCCUUCUGUAUCCGCUCGGGGAGCUGAGGUUUGGAUGCAGGUGGUUACACUGGUUAUUUUUCUGCCUUCAUCGCAUUCCCUAAUGUGGGAAAAGAGGAAAUGUGUCGUGAGGAGGUAAACAGGGCUGGGAUGGAGGGCUCGGUGGUGGUGGAGGACAGCACCCAGCGUGCAGGAAUGGCUUUACAAUCACUGAUCAGGUGCAGCGACUGAACCCAGGGAUGAGGAGAGGUGCCUCUCGCGUCCCCUCGUGCGGGCAGUAUUAUUAUUGUAGUUGAAUACUGUGUUUUAUUGAGCUGAGUACAAUGACAUACAAGAUGUAAAUAAUAGAGCUAUAGGAUAUUUAAAUAGGAACAAGCAGGCAAUGAAUGGAAAGAAGCUCCUCUAGGCUGGAGGUGCAUGUGUGGGGUUUGAUGCCCCGUUAAUGUAUUAAGUAAAAGUGGCCAAGUGCAAUUGUCUCUGCAAGGGGGGAAGCAGUUUGGCUGGACACUGGAGGUGUGUGCUAACAGGGGGAGAAUCAUAGAAUCAUGGAAUGGAUUUGGGUUGGAAGGGACCUUAAAGUUCAUCCAGUUCCAACCCUCUGCCACGGGCAGGGACACCUUCCACUAGAGCAAGAAAAGCCAACCCUUCCUGCUGCAGAAAUGAGAUUAAAGUCACAAAGACGUGGUUCCAGCAGCCCCUUCCUCCUCCAUUUCCAAUCUCAAGCAGUGCCUCAGUGAGCAUUGAGACUGGUUUAGAUUAAUGGGGUUCUUCACGUGCAUUGCCCACAGCACAGGUAGGGCAGGUCCUUGCACACUGCUCGGUGCCACCAGGCAGCAGCUCUUACCAGAGCAGAGCGGGAGCUGUCAGCUGGAGCACUGGGAGAACCCACACAAGGAGGAGAGCCCUGCCUGAGGUAGGAGAACUGUGGAGGAGAAGGUGCUGCUGAAUUCAUGGUGGCUGUAAAACCCAUUGCUGCAAGUGCAGCUCUGAGUUCCAUGCAGCUGCCUUUACUGUGUUGUAAAGUAAAAUCACUGGAGGGGAAAAGCUCAGCAGAUUCAAAGGCCUGAGAACCUGCUCAGGGGAGGCACCAGUUGUAGAGACCCCUGAAGGUGGACUCAAAGCUCGGCCAAGGACCUUGUGUAAAUGCCUGGUCUGAAGCUCAUGAAGCUCCCUGGGGGCAUAUGAGAGAGGCGGGUGCGCUGCUGGGUCCCUAAAGAGCAGUUUUAACCUGACAGCCAAGGCCAGGGGAAAAGGAGAGAAUUCUUUCCGAUGCUGCAGGUGGUGCUCAGGAGGUGGCAGCGUGUCCUGAGGCAGCAGGUUUCACUGCUGGGAGUGCGUGAGGCUCGCUGUGGCUUUGGGGAGGUCAGAGGAGCACAAGUGCUCUCUGCAGCCUGGCUGUGUCCUGUGUUAGCGCUGCCCGCGCUGUGCAGCCGCACAGAGAGAGGCUUCCGGAGGCCUGCAGCCUGCAAAUGCCUCGUUAGAAGCUUUGGAAAUGAAAACUCGGAGUGUUCCUUGUCUGUAGGGUGAGGUUCCUGCUCGCCCCCAACAGCUGUAACUGUACAUACGUCUCAGAUGCAUUCGAUCUGCUGCAUGUGAAAUAAACUGAUUUCCCUACUUUGCU